ACUGUUUUGGCGCACUCGGUCGUUUGUCCGGACAGUUGUCUGUGUGGCUCCGCUGGUCCCAUCUUGGCUACACUAUAAUCAGAGCGGAGAGGAAAGAGAGCUCGUCCAUAUUACAGCUGCUGUUUCAGCGGUUUCUGUGGUGAUGGACCCUCCCGGCGGCCGAGACGAGCGGCAUCGUCAAGCGGAGCGGCUUCGGCGGGAGGAGGCAUACUAUCACUUCAUUAAUGAACUGAGUGAGGAGGAAUACAGACUAAUGAGAGACAGCAAUCUACUGGGAACACCUGGUGAAGUCACAGCAGAGGAGCUGAGGCAGCGUCUGGAUGGUGCAAAGGAGCGAGUGUCAUCUCAGCCACGCCCCGAAACACACCCACAGAGCAUUGAGGCAGAGGGCAGUAGCGGUGCAGUCGAGCCAGGUUCAGAGACAUCUAAUGGAGACUCCCUGUUGGAAUGGCUGAACACUUUCCGGCGCACGGGAAAUGCCACGCGUAGUGGGCAGAGUGGAAACCAAACAUGGCGUGCCGUCAGCCGCACCAACCCCAACAGCGGCGAGUUCCGCUUCAGUCUUGAGAUCAACAUCAACCACGAGCAACCCGAGCCUGGAGAACACAGCGACAUCCCUGACCCGACUGAUCUUUCAAUGCCUCUUCCUCCUCCUCCUCCUCCUCCUCCUCCCCCAGUGUCAUCUGUCUCUGCACCAACAACCCCUUAUAACCCCUCAAGUUCUGCACUUUACUCAAAUCAACCCUCCACACCAUACUCUACGGCCAGGCCCACCCUAGGAAGGAGGGCCCCAGUGCGCCGCACUCGCAGUAGUACGGCUCCACCUUUAACGCCACCUCUGACCUCGCAGGCUCCUCCCACAUCUCUUAGGAGGAACUUGCCUUCUUUGCCAAGCUCUCCUCCUCCACAGGCUCCACUCGCUUUUCAGUCUCAAGAGCAGGAUGGUGAUGCUGUAAGGGGUCAAAUACAGGUCACAAACUCCUCAGUUAAUGCAGGGGAGGGGCAGAAUGGAAAUGAAGGCCUAGACUGCCCCACUGCUCUGCCUCAGUCCAGCCCCCAGGUGGAGCCAGCUGCCCGUGAGCCACAAAACAGUAGGACUCGUUCACGUGGUCGCGUGCGCAGGGCAACAGGAGCAAGUGGGGUUUUGUCUCGCUCUUCAAGACGUAGCCGCUCCCCAUUGGACAGAAACCCUGCCUCUAGCGUUAGCCCCACCCAUAGCAGCAGCGCCGCCCCAGUGGAGUCCACUGGAAGUACUGCUGUUGCCAUGGAGAUGGGCGAGGCUGCUGUAGAGCCAGCUGCUCCUACGGAUCCUCCGGAGGCUGGUGAGGAAGAGGGGGAGACGCCUGUAUCAGGUGCCGGAGGUGUGCGGCGCCACCCCACGAUCAUGCUGGACCUCCAGGUACGGCGCAUCAGGCCAGGAGAGAACCGGGACAGGGACAGCAUUGCCAGUCGCACUCGCUCUCGUGCUCGGGCCGCUGAAAACACGGUCACCUUCGAGAGCGACAGUGGUGGCUUUCGACGAACCAUCUCGCGCUCGGAGCGUGCGGGAAUCCGCACUUACGUUAGCACUAUACGCAUACCGCUGCGACGCAUUUCUGAGACAGGCCUUGGCGAGCCCAGCUCCACUGCGCUAAGAUCGAUCCUGCGCCAGAUCAUGACAGGCUUUGGUGAGCUCAGUUCCCUCAUGGAGACGGAAGCGGACUCUGAGACAGCUACGCCCAACCAGGACUCCGCUUCUGCUGGCGGAGCCCAGGUGUACCACGUUAGUAGUGGUGAGGGCGAUGUGGCCCAUGGUAGAGUGGAAUCGGCACGAGAAGGUUUAGUGACAGGAGAUGAGGAAGGACAGGUGCGGGUGAGCAGGACUGGGACAGAGGGACGACCUAGCAGCAGGGACACUAAUAGUUUGGUGGAAAAUGGGACGUUGCCCAUCUUAAGGCUGGCACACUUUUUCCUUCUCAACGAAGAUGAAGAUGAGGAGCACCCAAGGGGCCUCACCAAAGAACAGAUCGACAAUCUGGUGACACGCACUUACGGUCAGGUCAACCUGGAGGGCGAGCUGGGCCGUGCUUGCAGCGUCUGCAUCAACGAGUACGCUCAGGGGAACAAGCUGCGCCGCUUGCCCUGCACCCACGAGUUCCACAUCCACUGCAUUGACCGCUGGCUAUCUGAAAACAACACCUGCCCCAUCUGCAGACAGCCUAUUCUGUCCAGCCAUCAGGAAUGAUGUCAGGCUGUAGCUAUCAAUCAACAGAUUGAACAACUGACUUUUGUUCCACCAUCGGUGGCACCUGUACAUAAUUGCUUCAAUGUUUUCAUUCUCUGAGAUCCAUUGUAUUCAAGCUAAAGGUAGAACCAAAAGCAGAAAAAGACUAUAAUGCAGAUAUUUAACAAAGCUUUAUUUUUUUAGACUCCUUUCGUUUUCAUCUCUUCCUCUUCUUUCAUUCACCAUUAUUCUUUGCAGACAUAUUAACAAAUGGCGUGACUAACUUGGACAGAGUUAGGAAUGUUAG